UAGUGCAGGCGUCCUGCUUGGCACAACUCAAGUUCAACUUCACCCAGACAGCCGGCCAGGAUUGCGCCUCACCUGCAACUCGAAUUAAACACAAUGGCGGCAGAUCCGAAACAGGCGAUUGUUCCCCCCAAGCGGGCGAAUACUGACUAUCCCCUGAUUGACUCUGACCCGCAUCUACGACGGGUUUUCGGGUAUGCGAGACCAUCUGACUAUGCAAUUUCUGGGGGUGCCGCGGCUGCCUCUCCUCUUGCCUUCUGGGCUAUGGAAAGAGUGAGCCCUUCGCAUGUGGGCAGAGGAGGCUUUGCGCCCGUGAUGCGACUUGCGACAGCUAUUGGUCUCGUCGGAGGCUUACACAUACUCUACCAACGAUCAUGCAAUCGUUUCUACGGUUUCACGGAAAACUCGAGGGAGGUUGACAUGGAUAUGAAGGAAAUGGUGGACAAAGUCAAGAAGGGAGAACCUCUCUACGGGUCCUCUCAGGUGUCGACUUAUUUGCAAGGGGUUGCGGCUCGGAACUCUCGGUUCUCGCAACUCUUCAUUCACGUCAUUCCUUGGUUCAACUUUGUCAACCACGACCAGCACGGCAUCGACACUGCCAAGUACUAUCAACAAGCUGAACGAGAGUUGGAGGCCGAUCGUUUGGCAAGGACCGGAUCUGCUUGAGCAUCAGAUUCAAGUUAGUCCGAUCUGAAAAACUUCGAGAAAGAAUAAUAUUCCACGGGCGCAUUGAAGGCUCUCGCGCUCCAAGAAUCCUGCUUACAAGCCAAAUAUGUAUUCGUAUUUAGAAAUUGACAAGUUUCGCCGUCUACUCACUCCCACUCAGGCUCCUCAAUCAAUAUGGCUCAACAUUGGUUGUGAAUUCCGUUUUAAGUUCUCGGUGCUUUUUGGGGCGGGGUUUGGGUGCUGCAGAUUCAUUAAUAUCAAUCUCAGGAACAACAAGG